GGGGCCCGCGGGGCAUUGUGGGCCGCCGCGCUGCUCCGCCGUCUCGCCAUGUCGGGCUCCCCGGUGAAGCGGCAGAGGAUGGAGAGCGCCCUGGACCAGCUCAAGCAGUUCACCACCGUGGUGGCCGACACGGGCGACUUCCACGCCAUCGACCAGUACAAGCCCCAGGAUGCCACCACCAACCCGUCCCUGAUCCUGGCUGCGGCACAGAUGCCCGCCUACCAGGAGCUGGUGGAGGAGGCCAUCGCCUACGGCAAGAAGCUGGGCGGGUCACAGGAGGAACAGAUUCAAAAUGCGACCGAUAAGCUGUACGUGUUGUUUGGAGCAGAAAUACUGAAGAAGAUUCCAGGCCGCGUGUCCACGGAAGUCGAUGCCAGGCUCUCCUUUGACAAGGACGCCAUGGUGGCCCGAGCCCUGCGCCUCAUCGAGCUCUACAAGGACGCCGGGGUCAGCAAGGACCGGAUUCUGAUCAAGCUGUCGUCCACCUGGGAAGGAAUUCAGGCUGGAAAGGAGCUGGAGGAGCGGCACGGCAUCCACUGCAACAUGACGCUGCUCUUCUCCUUCGCCCAGGCCGUGGCCUGCGCCGAGGCGGGCGUGACGCUCAUCUCCCCCUUCGUGGGGCGCAUCCUCGACUGGCACGUGGCCAACACGGAAAAGAAGUCCUACGAGCCCCAGGAGGACCCUGGAGUGAAGAGCGUCACCAAGAUCUACAACUACUACAAGAAGUUUGGCUACAAGACCAUCGUCAUGGGCGCCUCCUUCCGCAACACGGGCGAGAUCAAGGCGCUGGCCGGCUGCGACUUCCUCACCAUCUCGCCCAAGCUGCUGGGCGAGCUGCUCAAGGACAGCAGCAAGCUGGUGCCCGCGCUGUCGGCCAAGGCGGCCCAGGCCAGCGCCCUGGAGAAGGUGCACCUGGACGAGAAGGCCUUCCGCUGGCUGCACAACGAGGACCAGAUGGCCGUGGAGAAGCUCUCGGACGGCAUCCGCAAGUUCGCUGCCGACGCGGUGAAGCUGGAGCGGGUGCUGGCGGACCGGAUGUUCAGCGCGGAGAACGGGAAGUAGCCGGGCUGGGCCGAGGAUCAGUGCCGGCUUUGGGUUUGCGUCUGAUUGCACAAGUCCGGGGACGAAUCUUUCAUUUUCUACUACUGGGAGCAGGGAUGGAUCAUGGGUUUCUGAUUUUGUGUGAAAUUCUGCCUAAUCAUUAAACAGUGGUUUUCUGUGC